AUGUUCAAUCUUUUCACCGCACUGGUCAUCAUCCGACCAGUCUCGAAGGAAGCUCUCGAUCUUUUCGAGGCAGCUUGCUGGGUUCCAUAUACGCCCGAGAACGACAUCUACAACGCGGUUCGAGAGAUUUACACCGAGAAGGAUGACGUUGGAGGGCGACACUUCACAGCACUUCAGCAUCUCGUUCGCAGUCUUGACAAGCCAUCAGCCAAAAGCCUGUGUGAGAUACUCCUCCAACCAUGGCUUUUGCGCGGUAUCCGAAAUUGUAUUGGAGAGUGUCGGGCUGCGGUACAAAUCUAUAUCAAACAGAACCUGGACUGGACGCCACUUGCUCUCGAACUCCAUGAAUUUUGUAUCACAGUCAGGGAGUCGAAGACCGAAUUUUGGCUGCGCGGAAACGAGGAUGAAUUUGACCUGGAUGUGCUGCCCUCAAUAGAAGAGUUCGAAACUGUCAUCGCGAUUUACCUUGCUGCACAAACCGAGUUCUCUCAGCAAUCCAAGAAUCAAGUGGCGAAGCAGAACAAUCAACAUGACAGAACCAAUCCCAAUGAGCCAGACGCUAAACUCGACACAGCGCGACAUCCUCUAGAAGAUAGAAUCGAAGAACACUGUCUCCACAUGUUCGAGAAACCAGGCCUGCUCGAUUAUGUUUCUCAACGCACAAUAGAACUGAUGCUCGACGUAUGGAAACUUACAUCAGGGCCUAGUAUCGACGAAGACAGACGAUCGCUCGCGCUACACGUCUCGAAGAGCCUAGGUAGUGACCAUGUCCUCCUAUUUAGGUGUCUUGUUGAGAUCGCAUCGCCUUAUGAGUCAAUCCCACAUGACACUUUCUGUAGAGAUGCCUUGUACAUCAUGCGGCGGAUAGACAAAGAGCGGAACGAAUCCAUAGUGGCCUUCGUACGGUUAUUGAAUAGGAUGAAAACCUCAACACGUUGCUGGAAGGAUGUACUGUACAAGUGGCUCGAGACAGAUACUCAGUCUCAAGACCUGAUCCAGAGGAGUUUAUUGGAACACACGUUAAAAUCGAUGAGGGCCUCGGAGUGGUUGUCUUUCAUGCACGAUAUUGAGGCUCUCUUUACAGGUUUCUCGUACCCAAGUUCCGCCACUGACAAGUACCCAGCCAUACUGCAACCACGGCUGUUGAGUUGGAAAACGCGAAUAACACGGUACGAAGGCACGAUCAAGAGGCUAGAGGCUCAAGUUGGAAAUGACUCGAGUGCUGUACGACACCUUCUGUCUGGUGAAGAGAUCUGGAGCAAGAAUCUUGUAAGCAUACUAGAGAGUUUGCAAGAGGUGGAGGGCAAGCCGGUGGAAGCUUUGAUGCAAAAAGUUGUGGAAAAGCUUUCUAUCGAAACAAAAAACAACUGGGAACUUGCGGACAGUGCAUUUAACCUACUGAAUGCUCCGCACGAGGUCGAAGAGGUCUGUCUGAAGAUGUGGAAUGCUAAGCAUGGGUUUCUGGAUAUCCCUGGUUUGCCAGACGACAGCGAAUCCAAGCAACGUCCAAGUUCAGCGAAACGAAAUGUCAUCAGUAAGGUGGCAUCGAGAAGGCCCGGGGAUUCGUCGCUUCCAGUCGCUUUGAACAAGCCCUCUACUUCUGACUCAGCAUUGGAUGAAAUACCUACUCAAAAACGCAACAUUCCGCUCUCUGUGGUGGAAGUCAUGCUCGCAGGGUAUAUACAAAACGCGCUCUUUGACAACAAAGGUAUGGCUUUGAUCCAGUCCAUUGCGGAGCUCCUAGAGAUCGAGACGUACACGUCUGCCAUACCUGAGCAGAAGCUUAAAGAAGCGGUUGCGUUUUGGGGUGAAAUCGAAAGACAAAUCACCGAGGAGGCAGAACGACUGGAAGCUCUGCAAGAGGCGCUGAAGAAGAAGGACCCGAAGGGUACAUCUGCGCUUCUUGAGCAGCUGGGAUUUCCUGCCGAUAACGCUCUAGACAUAGAGUUGUUGGAACUACCAGCUGGAGUGAUCGAUGUCGUCGAAAGGGUCAGCGAAAAUGAAGUUGAGAUCAGUUUUCCGCUGCCAGCGCAUACGAACAUACAGCGAGGUGCGAUGGGUAUCCCGGACGCAGCGAACACGCUUCUGCUACGGCUUCUGCUGGACGACAGCGAUGAAACAGCUACGUCGUUUUGCUUCCAUUACGACAACGACCCUAAUCUUGGCACUUUGGAGCACUUACCGUUUAACUGCUCAAAAAGUCUCAAGGCACCAAACUUUCCGAUAUGCAAGUCCGUGGAGACGGCUUAUUUGUAUCAGUUGAACCGUAUCCUCUACAGGCAGCUGAAAUCGGGACAUACGCCUAUUGCAGACCUGCACAGCCUCAUCAAGAAGAGCAUGUCAGAGCUAGGUCACCUGUGCAUUUCAUGCGGAAUAUCACACAAGGCUUCAAACGCGCAGCUACGACGCUCAACACCAUGCAAUCUUCUCUCCUGCGCGAGACUUUGGUACCUCCUCCCCCUCCACGUACGCAUCCCAGAAAUCAAAAUCGAUCCUUUCGCCGUCGACUUGCUCCUCUCGGCCGUAUACGCAGCAGCAAUGGACUCGAAACCUGAACUCCUCCCAGGUUGUCCAAUCCGCGGCAACGAACUCGUCAAAUCCAUUUUGAACAGUCUUCCAUCUCUCGCCAUGAUUCGAGACACUGCCAGUCCCGUCUUCUUCUUACGUUCUCACCACAAAGACGCCGAGUUGCUGAUAUCCUGGGCCUGUGUGCAAUUCCGAGGCUUCCUAGCCACUGCAAUAGGACUAUGCAAGAUUCCCAAUCUACCCCACGGUACCCAUCAAUUCGUGCUCGCGAACGCCAGUCCAACGGUAGAAAGUGCCUUCAUGUCUACACUUUCAAAGUCGAGCCCGAACUCCAGCCCAAAGUCCACCGUCCUCUUCCAUGGCACAACUCUCUCCCGUCUCCCUGCUAUCCUCACUCAUGGACUGAGAACUUGCUCAGGCACAUCCCUCCAACGCACUGGCGCGGCUUACGGUAACGGUAUCUAUCUUGCCGAAGAUCCCGCAAUGUCGUUUACGUACUCGGCUGCCGCGCUUAGUUGGAAGAACAGUAAACUACAUAAUAUGAGGAUGCUGCUCGGAUGUGAGGCUGUGGGGAAUGGGAAGAGUGUUUCGCCAGGAAUUCAUGUUAUCACCGAUCAGUCGGCGGUCAUGGUGAGGUAUGUGCUUUUGUUUGCAAAAGGAGGGGCACCACCAAUUGCCGGGCAUAUGGUUCCGGCUAUGGCGAGUGGGAUGAGGGGAUUGAGGAUGGGAACGAUGUAGAGCGGU